AUGAGCGCGGGCGCUGACGGCGGCGGCGGCGCUGCGGCCGCGGCGCGGUCCCGAGAGGGCAGUCCGGGGAAAGAUGCCUUCGUUCCCUCGGCGUUGGGAACCCGAGAGCAUUGGGAUGCUGUUUAUGAAAGAGAACUGCAAACUUUCCGGGAAUAUGGAGAUGCGGGAGAAAUCUGGUUUGGAGAAGAGAGUAUGAAUCGAUUGAUAAGGUGGAUAGAAAAACAGAAGAUCCCAUUGGAUGCUUCAGUACUUGAUAUUGGAACUGGAAAUGGUGUUUUCCUAGUUGAACUUGCAAAAUGUGGUUUCUCUAAUAUUACCGGAAUCGAUUACUCUCCUUCUGCAAUACAGCUUUCUGGAAGUAUUAUAGAAAAAGAAGGGUUCUCUCACAUUAAGUUGAAGGUAGAAGACUUUUUGAAUCUUUCCACAAAGCUGUCUGGAUUUCAUAUUUGUAUUGACAAAGGGACUUUUGAUGCCAUAAGCCUUAGUCCUGACAAUGCAGCUGAGAAGAGGAAGCAGUAUGUGAAGUCUCUCUCCAGGGUGUUGAGAGCAAAAGGCUUUUUUCUAAUAACCUCGUGUAAUUGGACCAAGGAGGAGUUGCUAAAUGAAUUCAGUGAAGCGAGGCAGCUCGAUGCAGUGGUGAGAGAGGCAGUUGUGUAG